UUUAUCCAAAAUCUGAAAUUCGACCGCCAAACCGCUGCAAAGGCCACACUCAAGACUCCUCGACGACCAAAGCCAAAGGUGUCUUUUGGUUUGCAGCUGGAGGCUGAUCAUGUCCUCCUCAAUCUCCACAACCCCAUCUGCACCCACUGCAAACCUCUCAUUCUUCUCCUCCAACCUCCACCACCCACUCCCUCCUUUCACACCCUCUUUCUCUAUCUCCUUCCCAAUGCCAAAUCUAAGCCCUACAGCCACACUCCGUCUCGCUCUCUGCCGCGCCGCCAAGCCCCAGACCGGACCUCCCAAGAAACCACCGGCAAGUAAGAGGAAGAAAAAGAGUAAGGGCGGCUGCAGUGGUUCCGAGGCUUUGAAUCUCAGCGACGUUGAAGUUGUUCGUGAGUUGGGUGUUAUUGGUAAUGACGGCGACGUUGUGGAGUACUUGGGCUCCGAUGCGCGCUCUUUGCCGCAUCAACCUAUGCCGCUGCCGAAACCGCCGGCUGGGUUUGUGGUCGAUAAUCAUGGGAGGGUUGUGAUGGCUUCAGCUGCGGCGAAGCGAAUUGCCACCAUUGUUGAUCCUAUGAACAAUCUUCCAUUAGAGUGCGUUGUACGGAGAAUGUUCAGAAGUUCUAAAGGGGAUGAAUGCAUGCUGCUCUGCCCAGUUGACACGCCUGUACAGAUAUUAAAGAGCACAAAUAUGGACGGGUGGUCAGCAGUCAACGAUGAAGAAGUUGAGUCCAUUCUUCCAUCUGCUGCUUAUGCUCUUGCCAAGAUACAUAUGCAUCUUGUCUAUAGUGGAUUUUGUUAUACAGCACGUGGGGGGUUUUGCUACUCGGAAGAUAACCUUUUUGAUUUCCGCACAGACAAUGGUCAAGAUGCAGAUGGCUCGCCAACCGAAGGUGUAGAAAUCACAUGCUUCCAUUUGGAUGGUGCACAUUACAUGAUUUACACUCCAUCUGAUCCCCUCCUUUUUGUUGUAGUAAAGAAUCACAAUGGAGUGUUACAAAUUGCUGAUGACGAUCUCCUGGAGGACCCUGCCAUUAUAAGUUCAAUAGACGAGGAGACUGAAUUUAAUGCGUUGGUGGAGGAAGAGGCAGCUCUUCUUGAAUCAUUAAAAUUAGGGGAAAAAUAAGCCAGAUGUAUCAACUUAUGCCAGAAGUUUUGCCGAAUUUGCUUGUUUUGCCAUCUUGCACAAAGUGUUGAAUCAUGUACACUAAAAACUUAAGGAGGGGGAGGGAGAAGCACUAAUAUUUUUGUUUCCCCUUCGUGUAUAUAUUACAAAUUUAGUCUGCAUGUUUAAUUUAUUGAGGAGGUCGUGUUUGCA